AUGCAUCCGCAGUUCUUCUGGGCCCUUCUUUGGGCUUUCAUGACCAGCCUGGUUGUGGCAUCAACCGAAUCGCCAGUUGAUCUGGUGGUGCGCACUAACCCUGGCAAGACGGCCUCGGAUACCCUUCGAGCUAUUCGUCGGUCUAUCGCAAAUGCAAGAGUCGAGGGCCGGAAGGAGAAGUUCAGCAACAGCACGUCUUUGGAGAAGAGCUUCGACAAUGCAGUCCUAUUCAAGUUCGAGCAAGAUGUUGCUGUUGGCACGGAGAAUGUCACAGCAACCGCCGGAAUCAGCAUCGUCUGCACCAAGUGCUACGUCAAGGGCAAAGCCAACGCGCAUUUCACCAUUGAUGGCACCUUCAACGCAACAGGCGUCAUCAAGGAAAUCGGCAACGAGUUUGAGGAGACCUUCGACAAUAUUACCACUUACGCCAAAGACUAUGUCACCGGGGUUGUCAAGAAGCUGUCUGACGGCUUCGACAUUGAUGACUUUGAUUUCCCUCCUCUCAACAUCACUUUUGAUGUGGAUAUUCCCGAGUUCCCAGAAUGCAAGCUUGGCUUUGGCUUCGAUGAUUUUGAGAUGUACAUGGAGCUUGACACAACUCUGUCGGCUGGCCUGUCUUACACUCUCAACCUGUACACUUCGACGACUCCCUUGGGUUCACAGAUUGGCGAUGACUUGCUUCUUGGAGUUGUCUUCAAUGUCGACCUCAUUUUGAAUGUUGAGACUGAGAUCCAAAUGAGCACCGGCUUCCACAUCAAGAUGGAGGAUGGCGUGACUUUUGACAUUGCGUUAUUCUCAAAGAACGUUUCGAGUGUCGCAUUCGGUGGAGGCAAAUUCGAAUUCCUCCCAGUUGUCAUCGAAAGUGCCGGUGCAGUCAUGAAGGCCGUCCUCCGCGUCGGCAUCAACGCCGGCAUCGAGAUCUCUUCUCCCAUCGACAGCAAAGAGAUAGAGUUCUUCAACAAGACCGUCACUAUCCCAGGAGCGUCCGCCGGCAUCGAAGUCGCAGUGUUUGCCAACAUCGCGGAGCUGAGCACCAACGUCACCGUGCUCCCUGAAGCUGACGAGGAUGGCUGCGUACUUCGCGCCGUCAACGCGUACCAGCUCGCGCUCGGCGCCGCCGCAGGUGCAUCCGUGGAGAUUGGGGAUCGUAUUUGGGGCCCGACGCCCAACACACAAAUCCCGAUUUUCUUCACUACGCUCGCGGAUGGCUGCGCUCAGAAGAGGGUGCCGACUACGACUGUUGCUACUGCCUCGGCUACCACUACCUCCAAAGCGAAGCGUGACGACCUGACUACGACUACCUUGGCGAAGAAGGUGACAUAUACCGGUAUUGAGUGCUUGGCGACGGGUCUUGUCAACUGUCCUCCGGCGCUGCAGACGCUGAGGAAGUUCGUCGCAACGGAGACGUUCGUCACUGCAGUUGCAUCUGGAGUAGAGGCUACUUUCCCCGCAGCUACAAAUGCAGCUGUUCAAGAGGUUGAAAACUUCGGAUCAGGGGUCAAGUCUAUGAUCUCGACAAGCGGUACACCAAAGGUCUUCACGCCCACUACUUCGACAGCGUCUGCGACUCCCAUUAGCACCGGUGACAUCUUGGACGGCGAGGUCGGCGGAGUUGAUAAGAAGGUCAUUGUCGGCAUCAGUGUUGGCGCUGGUCUACUUAUCAUCGCCAUCGUUGCUGGAGUUUUCAUUUACAUGCGACGCAAGGGACGAUACGCGCCUGUCAACAAGGCGGAAACUCGCGUCGCCUAUGAUCCGAUUGCUUACCCUGAAGGUACAUACAGCCAGAUGAAAGACAAGCUUGAGGUGAAUGUCUAUAUCAGGCAAUGA